GACUGCUCAAAAAUUCUUUUAAUCUAUAAUAUAUAUAAAUAAAUCUUAUUACAAUUAAAUUAUGUUUUUUUCAGAUGCUCGGAGAGCAUGUUGCAUCCUGAUAGAUACUGUUGCAGAUGGAUUAAAGUAUGCAUUAGAUACGAACGAAACUGAACAGGAAAAGAUAAAAACGACAGACAAAAAUAAUCAAAAUAAAGAGCUAAGAAUACAAGAACUAUAUCGAAAAGUAUAUGAAGAAGAUACAAGAGAUCAUGAACAAAAAUACAUUAAUAAAACGAACUUCAACAACAGUAACCAUAAAUCAAUAAAAAAGUGUAAAAGCAAGAAAUUUGGUACAAAGCACACUGUCGAGAGAAAACAUGAACGUCAUCGACAUAAUCGUCAUCAUCUAAAUGUGACUAACGAUGUAUUGUCAGAACCUAAUGCAGCAAUGAUGAAUAACCCACAGCAGACAACGAUAAUUGGUGAGAAAUGCGAAAACGACAAUGUAAUAAUCCUGCAGGAUACUUCUCCGAAAAUAAGAAUUGCAACGUACUCAAUGUUGGAGAAUAAAUUAAAAAAUAAUAUUGAUUCGAGGCAAGAAAAUUCUUUAAACAAGAAAACAGAUUUCAACACUGAUCCAGAAAUUAUUGAUAAAAGUGACACUAGGACAUUCAAGACUCCAUCCCAAAAAGAUGUAAGAGAUAUUGAUACUGAACUUGAUAUUAAAAAAUUGCAAAAUAAACAAAAUUUUGAUUGUAUGCAAAACUAUUCACAAAACAAAAUACGAAAAAUAAAUUACCUGAUGGACUUCAAAAGAGAAAUUGUCGUUUUCAUCAUGAUAUAAAUAGUUUUACCCAGGAUUGUAGUAAAAAUUCAAAAGAACGGGUCAAACCAGUCCUGUUACGAGUUGUAAAUUGGAUUUUUGGUGGUUGCCCAGAGGCAUCGAGACGACAUCGGGAACAGAUCGAUAAAGUCGGAAAGGAAGAAAUUUUCGAGUCCACUAACACGUGGCUCCUCUAAACGAACGAAUUGUAUCUGCAGUAGUAAAGUGCAAGGCUGUCGAUAAACGCAGAGAUCUAUGUCUUUAUCUCACACAGUGUAACAUGGAGAUAAUUGUAAAGUUAUAGUAAAUUGUUAAUCAAUGAUUUUUAGUACUUUAUCGUCGAUUUUUGCAACGUUAAUUUUUAUCGACCUUUUUUUUAAUGUUAUUUGCAAAUACUUGAAGUGAAUUUAUGUAUUCUUUCUAUUCUUUGUCUCUUGAUUUUUCUACUGACAUAAUAAAAUAUAAGUAUAGUUGUAUUGCAAUAUUUAUUUCGUACAUGCAUUUAUACAUAUAUCUAACAACU